GCGGGUAAGCGGGCGUUCAGCAGCCACCAGCCGCGCUGAAGCGCCUAGGCCGCGGGCCGGCCAGCCGCCAUGGUGGACUACUACGAGGUGCUGGGCGUGCCGCGGCAGGCCUCGGCCGAGGCCAUCCGCAAGGCGUACCGUAAGCUAGCGCUCAAGUGGCACCCGGACAAGAACCCUGAGCACAAGGAGGAGGCCGAGAGGCGGUUCAAGCAGGUGGCGCAGGCCUACGAGGUCCUCUCGGACGCCCGCAAGCGAGAGGUGUACGACCGCUGCGGCGAGGUGGGCGAGGUGGGCGGCGGCGGCGCGGCCGGCAGCCCGUUCCAGGACGCCUUCCAGUAUGUCUUCUCCUUCCGAGACCCCGCCGAGGUCUUCAGGGAGUUCUUCGGGGGCCGCGACCCCUUCUCGUUCGACUUCUUCGGAGACCCGUUUGAGAACUUCUUUGGGGAACGGAGGAGCACCCGAGGAAGCCGAAGCCGAGGGGCCGUACCCUUCUCUUCCUCCUUCACCCACUUCCCAGCUUUCGGGGGUGGCUUUGCUUCCUUAGAUACCGGAUUCACAUCCUUCGGUUCUCCGGGCAGCUCGGGAGUUUCUUCUUUCUCCAUGUCCUGUGGCGGGGGCGCGGCAGGCAACUUCAAGUCGGUGUCAACCUCCACCGAAAUAGUUAAUGGCAGAAAAAUCACCACCAAGAGAAUCGUUGAGAAUGGCCAAGAAAGAGUGGAAGUGGAAGAAGACGGAGAGUUAAAAUCCCUGAUAAUUAACGGCAAAGAGCAGUUGCUUCGCAUCGAUACUGAGUAAAGGCAUAAAGUGUGUUUUAAGGACUAUCAGGACUUUUUUGUUUAAAAGCGUUUUCAAGGGAACUCUACUUUCAGAACAACUGUAUUCAAGACAUUAUAUACAGUUCGUGCCGGUGCCUCUUAUUGUUGGGACUGCAGGGAUAGGAUCUCUCUUGGUCUUUAUGCCUGUUGUAAAUAUCUGUAUGCCUUUGGCACUCAUUAAACUUAAUCCUGAGGCAGACCACCGUUCUGUCCUAGUGGUAGGAAACCCUGUUCACAGCACCUAAAACCACACAAUGUCCAUUUUGUUGACAAUUCGACCUGGCGAGCUUUCUGUGAAGUGUAGCCAUAUAGCUCCACUUCCCCACACUCACACUGUGGUGAAAGAUAUGCAUAUGCUAAUUAUCUAGUUUAAAGUAAAUUGGAAAAAGUAGCUUUUAGCUUGCCUAAAAUGAUGGUGAUAUAGGCACAAUUGACUACUGUUUAAAACGAAAGGUUAAAACUAAGCUUUUGAAAGGAGUUACAUUGAAAAAGUGCACUAGGUAGAUUCUGGUCCCUGCUGCAAUGAAUUACCAUGAACUUGGUAAUGUCUAUCACAUUUAUUCUUCCCAAGUUUUGUAGGCUAGGAAUCUGAAAUCCAUUUCAAUGGGCAAAAAGGAUUCCCAGGACCAUGGUCUCUGAAUGUUUAGGGCUGCAUUUAUCAGUCAAAGUUUCACAGCUGGUUAGUGCUCAGCCCUAAAUUUGUUCUACAACAGUGGAAGAUUCUGGAAGUGAAUAGAAGUACUUUUUGAAGGCUAAACAAGGUUCUCGAUUGCAAUAUGUAAUAUAUAUGUAACUAUGUAUGUAACAAUAGAGUCCAUUCUGUUAGCUCAGUUGGGUGCUUCCUAUUCAAACCUUGCAGAAGAUGGUUGCCUUUAGAGAGUACACCACACAGUGUUCUACCUCACUCCAAUGUCAUCAGUGAAGACUCAUAAGACAUGGAAGCAAAAGGGAUCUGAAUAGGUUUAAAUUGCCACACUUUGUAAUUCUCUGCCAAGAGGUCAUGGGACCUAAGC